AUGCUCAGAGCGAGCCUGUGUCAGGCUUUCUUGCCCAUCGCCUCUUUCGCCAUGAACAAGGCGCGAGCGAUGCUGGACGCCCUCAUGGGGCCGGGCAGAGACGCGGGCAAGAAGGACGCGAAGGCGAGCUUCAGGGACCGGGCGGUGUGCAGGUCGUUCCUGAUCGGCUUCUGCCCACUCGACAAGAGCGUCCUGGGUGGCAAGCGGUCACUCGAGCCCUGCGCGAGGAUCCAUUCGGAGACGAUGAAGGAGAAGUUCGAGGCAGACCCCGAGGCGGAGUCGUACCGGAAGGACUGCGAGGCCUCUGCCUUCAAGGACCUCGAGUACGUCAUCCACGAGUGCGACGGCCACAUCUCCAGAGAGAAGGCCCGGGUGCGCGAGGAGGCGAGGAAGAGGAAGUGGGCCCUGCCCACGGACGUGAACGCCAGGAUAUCCCAGAUGAAGAAGGAAGUCCAGGCCCUCGAGAAAUCUUGCGAGGGGAUGGACGACCAUCAGCACAAAGAAAAGGAGAACAACCUGAAGCAGGCAGAGUUGCUCAAGAAGGACAUCGAGGAAUACACCAAGGAAGAGACCCGGAAGGCCGCCGAGAAGGUGGAACCGGACGAGGUCUGCGACGUGUGCGGCACCGUGUAUGCGAACAAGGAGCAGCAGGACCUGCACCUGAACUACAGGGUGCACAAAGCUUACGUGGAGGCCCGCGAGAGGUUCAAGGAGUUGAAAGAGAAGGUGCGGUCCAGGGAGGAGGAGCUCAAGAAGGCCAAAGAGGAGGAAAGGCAGAGAAAACGAAAAGAGGCAUACGGCGACAAGGCCGACGAUAAGGACAAGGGCAAGUCCGAAGAUAAGAAAAGCGGUAAAGAAAAGGGCCAUGAGAAAGACAAGUCAAAAGAUGCAGACGGUGGUGGUGACGAGAAUGGGGAAGACAAAGAUAAGGACAAAGACGACGAUGACGGCACAUCUAAACAGGUUAAGGACAAAGACAACAAUAAAGAUCAAGACAGAGACACAUCGAAAGAGAAAGAUAAGGACAAGGACAAUGACGCGGCCAAAGACAAGGCAAAGGGCGAGAGAAAGAGCAGGGAAAGAAGCCGUGACGGCGGCAGAAAGAGCAGGGAGCGAAGGCGGAGCGAUGACCGACCCCGCGAGAAGCCAGACUCGAAGAGGCGGAGCCGCAGUCGCAGCCGAAGAAGAGACAGGUCCAGGUCGCCCAGCGGCAGGAAGGGCGAACGCCGGAAGGGACGGUCGCCAUCCAAGAGAGGCAGGGAGAAAGCGCGCAGCAAGAGCCGUGGGCGCAGGAGAUCCAGGAGCCGCAGCGGUGGCCGCCGCCGCCGCUAG